UAGCGCAAUCAGAAGGUGGGAGGGGCUCCUCAAAAAAAGCCAAGCUGGAAGUGUUUUUGUGGCAACGGCGACAACCAGCACGAAACCGCGCCCGUAAUGAUGGCGGUACAAUCGCUUGCCACUAAAGUUCGGCUGAAUCAGGAUACGGCCAAGCGGUUACAGGACGAACAUCCGGAGCAGUUUGUGACGCUCGUUCGGAUGCACCUGUCCUUUCUGCUGGAUCUGAACACGGAUACAGAGAACGAUCCGGUGGAGUUGGACAAGCAGAAGAUUAAGAAAUGGAAGGGGUUUCACAAGAAGGCCAAAGGAUGCACUUCGGUGAAGGCAACAACUUCACCGGAAACGGCUAAGACAACGCUAACAGCGCCAAUUAUCAGCAAUUUGCGGCAGUUGAUUGCCUUCUUGGAGCAGGAGCAUAAUAUCUCCCAGGAGGGCAUCUUCCGGAAGACAGGAUCGCUGGCGCGCCAGGGUGAACUGAAGAAUCUACUCGUCCAGGGAAAUACCCUUCCCCUGGAUCAGGGAGACUAUACGGCGCACGACUGUGCCAGUGUGUUGAAGAAUUUCCUCUCCGAACUCUCGGAACCACUCCUCACGGAGCUCUACUAUCCGGCCUACCGCCAGGUAGCGGAAAGUUUCUCCACGAAAGACAAGGAACCGGGUCGCGGUGAGGAUUGGCUGUUGAACGCGUUGCAGUUGCUACUGUUGCUGUUGCCCGAGGAGAACCACAGCCUACUGCACUGUCUCAUCGAUCUGCUUUACCGAACGGUACAGCACGAGGCAACGAACAAGAUGUCGGCCGAGAAUCUCGCCAAACUCUUCACACCGCACCUCAUCUGUCCUCGGAAACUGAGCGCUAACGCGCUGCACGAAACGGCCUCCCAAAUGUUUGUGAUCGUCGAGUUUAUGAUCAAAACGGGACCGAGGCUCUUCCACAUCCCGACCAAACUGGCGACGGACAUUCGGGCGUACUUUGUGGAGCAGAAUCGCCGCCGUACCAUGUCACCGGAGCACAUCCUGAACGAAUCGACGACCUCCGAUUCGGUGGCAAACACCGUGUACACUUUUGUCGAUCGCCAGAAGACGGCCGAGGCGCACAUCAUCGACUCAACCGAUACGGCACUGGCUGAACUGUACGCGCACAUCCAGAGUUUGCCCGAAUCGUCGAAGAAGAAAAAACUGGUCAGCAAGUUCAACCACCAGAACCGGUACGGUACACCGGUACAACGAUCGUCCGGUGGAUCGGCAGGUGGCGGAGGUAGCGUCGGUCCCAAGUAUCCACGAUCGUUUGGUGAUUCGAUCAAGCGUCACAUCUUCCACAAGUCGCUCAUGUCGCGCACUCCGAAACGAAGUGCUACUGCCGGUGGAACCCAAACUCCGACGCUCUUCCAGACUCCUAACGGAAGCAGCUAUCAUGUCGCAAAGCAGCGUGUCCUCUUUCAGAGUCCCGCUUCGGUCAUCUCGUCACCGUGCAGCACAAACUCACCGGCACUACGCCGGAAUUCGUCCAGUCGUUCCUCGUCCUCCUCCUCUUCUACGAUAUCAACUCCCAGUGCAAAGCAACAGUCUCUGCGGGUUAGCUCGGUCCCAUCAUCGUCACGCACGGCUUCUAACGGCACCGCCACGGAGCCCAGCCAGCCAAAGAAAGAUCUCAAACGACAAUCCUCGGAAGGAACGGCGACUAUGACGUCCACGGCACCGACAACGGCAGAUGAGAGCGAGCAGGAACGAAAGCGUUCACGCGUUGAAGAUCACACCGGAAGCGAUCGUCCUCGGUCUACCGUGGUGCGCUUUGCAACGGCGAAUGAUGCGGAAGAAUGUGGCCAUGAAGUGCUGGCAGCACCAGAAGACGAUGAAGAUUUCGUCGAGCAAGAAGAUGACGAUAUCGGUAGCGAUCGUGCUGAUGAUGAGGAUGAUGAUGAUGGAGAAGAAGAUUCACUCGAUGAUCCUGCCGAGGAUCAUGCGUUUGCGGAUGAAGAAGACUUCUCGUCUGAUGAGUUGCUACCGGGCCGGAUGCACAGUGAUACGGAGGAUGAACGGUAUGGUUCCUCGCUCGGUGAAAGUCGUUCCCGGUAUCGCUCGGAACCGAAUCUCAGUGCCAUCGUAUGGAACCGUGGUCACUUCGGAAAGCAGCCUUCGGGAGGUUUAUCCUCCGUGCUGGUGGAGGCAGAACUCGACUCGCAAGAUGGUGGUGUCCUUGGGAGGGAUUCACGUUCCGGCAAGAUCGAUCGUUCCUCUCCAGUCGCCAUAACGCCCGGCGGCAGUUCGACGAAGCAACGGAGAAACAUAAAUUUCUUCAAAAACAAGCUCAUCAAGGGCGUUUCGAUGGGAAAUUUGCGAUUCCCGUUCGGGAGCGAUAGUAAGUCGAGCAAAAAGAAUGGUGACGCGAAGGGCGAGAGACCCCGAGCGAGCAGCACAUCGAUUGGAUCGAGUGCUGGUGGUGGUGGUAUGUUCAGCGAUCGUGACUGGAUGAGCACGUUGAGUAAGGUCAACUUGGGAGAGA